AUGUAUGCACCAAUCAGCACAAACGCAAACAGCCCUGUAACGCCUGUUACAAUAUAUAGUUUGCUCUCCGAAGGUGCGGCUGUGCAAAGCGUGAAGGAAAUAAGAGUGUCAGGACUAAAGCUAGACGUUGUGCGAGUGAAUUAUCCAACGCUGAUUACAGUAAAGAGUGUGAUGUCUAGAAGCUCUAUGAUAAGCGAACUGGCAGAUCUCAACGAUCAGAUGUCAAACGAAGCUCAAGUUUCGUCGUCGCCCAGUCCGACGGUCAUACACACUCUGCAACGGCAUAGAGACCUUCUGAACGAUUAUACGAGAGAAUUUCGAAAAACAAAAGCAAAUCUACAAUCAGCAAGAGAUCGUACAAUGCUUCUCAGCGAUGUGCAAACCGAAAUAAGAGCGUACAAAGAAGGGUUUGGAAGUGGGGCAGACUACUACGCAUCUGAGCAAGCUCGUUUGAAUACAGCGCACAGUGCGGUGGAUGAUGCGAUAGGAAUUGCGAUUGCCACAAGAGAAGACUUGCACACGCAACGACGAACAUUCCAAAGCACCUCACAGAGGUUACAAGGCAUUGCAGAAACCAUCCCUGGCCUGAAUGUACUCAUGAAGAAGAUAGACGUGCGAAAGAGGCGAGACCAGCUUAUAAUUGCCGGUGUUAUAGCGGUGUGCCUCUUCAUUUCGAUAGUCUACACGUUUGGAUGAUCGGCUCUCCGGUGGCGUAAGUGAUCCUGUUUUUGAGCACAGGAAGAAGAAAAACACAAGAAACUCAAUAUUAAGUAAAAGUAUUUGCCAGCAGAUUCACGUGGUACAACGUAUCUGCCAAUAGAUUCAUGUGGUACUAAGAGAAUUUGCUAACAGAUUUAUGUG